AUGCCUCCCAAGAGGAAAAAUGAUGUUGUAAUUAGUGUGAAUGAUGUUGGGAUGGAGGUUGAUGCUGUGGUAGACAGUGGCAGUGAAGAGGAUGCCAGGCGGAGAGCUAGAAACAGGAAAGUCAAACCCCCUCCACGCAGAGGCAAACGGGCCAGUGAUGAUGAGGAGGAGGAAGAGGACGAGGACGAGGCACCAAGGAGGAGAGCUCGGAAGAAGAAGGCCAAGGCCGAGGACAGCGAUGAGGAUGACGAGGAGGAGGAUAACAGAAGUGUGAAGAGCAAAGGUUCAAGAGCUGCGAACAAGAAGAAGAAGGCUGCCAAGGAGGAGAGCGAGGAAGAGAGCGAGGAGGAGCGAGGGAAGAAGAAGAGAGGAGGGAAACCGACGACCAAAAAGGAUAAAGAAGAGCAGAAUAAGGAGAAGAAAGGAGAGGCGAAAGGGAACAAAGGAAAGGAUAAAGGCAAUGAAAAGGACAAGAAAAAGAAGAGUGGGAAGUUCAGCAGCUCCUCUUCCUCCGAGUCCGAUGAAGAUUCUCUGUCGGAGGGAGAGAUAGCCGCCCUGAAGGAAGAGGUGGAAGAGAAGAAGAAACUGGUUUCUACCUUAAGGAACAAACCCUGGCGCAUGAAGCGGAGACUCAUCCAGCUUAAGGAGGCCCAGGACUUUAUUGAAAAGUUUGAAGGAGCUCUCGGUAAAGGAAAAGGCAAGAAGCUCUAUGCGUACAAAGUCAUGAUGACCAAGAAACUGAUCAAGUUUAGACGUGACUUUGAGAACUUCAAAACAGCAUGCAUACCCUGGGAGAGGAAAAUAAAGGAAGUAGAAAGCUACUUUGGAUCGUCAGUGGCGUCCUACUUUAUUUUCCUGAGGUGGAUGUACGGUCUGAAUCUGAUCCUGUUUGGCCUCAUGUUUGGACUCGUGGUGCUGCCAGAGGUUCUUAUGGGUCUUCCCUAUGGCUCCAUUCCCAGGAAAACUGUGCCAAGAACGGAGCAGGACACAGCUAUGGAUUUCUCUGUGCUCAUGGACUUUGGUGGAUACCUCAAGUACUCCAUUUUGUUUUAUGGGUACUAUAAUGAUGAGCGAACCAUCGGGCUGCUGAAGUUCAGACUCCCUCUGGCCUACCUUCUGGUGGGCGUCGGCAUCUUUGGAUACAGCCUGAUGGUUGUUAUUCGAACGAUGGCUCGCAACUCAAAUGAAGGAGGGGACGGAGGGGACGAGGGAGAUUUCACCUUCAGCUGGAAGAUGUUCACCAGCUGGGAUUACCUGAUAGGAAACUCUGAGACUGCAGACAAUAAGUUUGCCUCCAUUACCACCAGCUUCAAGGAAUCCAUCGUGGACGAGCAGGAGAACCAGAAGGAUGAGAAUAUCCACCUCCGCCGGUUCCUCAGGGUUCUGGCCAACUUCCUGAUCCUGUGCAGCCUCGCGGGCAGCGGCUACCUGAUCUACUACGUGGUGAAACGCUCUCAGGAGUUUGCCAAGAAGGAUGAGGAGGAUCUCUCCUGGUUUGAGAAGAAUGAGGUGGAGUUUGUGAUGUCCCUCCUGGGCCUGGUGUGUCCUCCUCUGUUUGAGACCAUCGCUGAGCUGGAGGACUAUCACCCUCGUAUUGCCCUCAAGUGGCAGCUCGGACGCAUCUUCGCUCUCUUCCUGGGAAACCUCUACACCUUCCUCUUCGCCCUGUUCGAUGAGGUCAAUGACAAGCUCGAGAGCGAGAAGGCAAUUAAGAACACCACCAUCUGGACUUUGAAUGAGUACUAUGCCAACUACAGCUCCUUCUACAACACCACAGACAUUCCUCCUCCCAAUAUCCACCCCGCUGACGCGAUCAGAGGUCCCUGCUGGGAGACGGCAGUGGGAAUAGAAUUUGUGAAGCUCAUUGUGUCGGACAUCCAGGUGACUUAUUUGACCAUCCUAAUCGGAGACUUCGUACGUGCCUUCAUCGUGCGCUUCCUCAACUACUGCUGGUGCUGGGACCUGGAGGCUGGAUUUCCGUCAUAUGGAGAGUUUGACAUCAGUGGCAACGUGCUUGGGCUCAUCUUCAAUCAAGGGAUGAUAUGGAUGGGGGCGUUUUAUGCCCCAGGUCUGGUGGGUCUGAACGUUUUGCGUCUCCUCACCUCCAUGUACUACCAGUGCUGGGCGGUGAUGAGCUGCAACGUGCCGCAUGAGAGGGUCUUCAAGGCCUCGCGCUCCAACAACUUCUACAUGGGCCUGCUGCUGCUCGUGCUCUUCCUCAGCAUGCUGCCUGUUGUCUACAGUAUCAUGACUCUGUCACCCUCCUUCGACUGUGGGCCCUUCAGUGGAAGGGAUAAGAUGUACGAUGUGGUCAUAGAAACUAUAGAGAAGGAUCUCCCGGCCUUCAUAGGGAACAUUUUCACCUACGCCACCAACCCUGGACUCAUCAUCCCUGCUGUUCUUCUCAUGGUGUUGGCAAUCUACUAUCUGAAUGCUGUGUCAAAAGGAUACCAACAAGCUAACGCUGACCUGAAGAGGAAAAUGCAAAUGGCCCGCGAUGAGGAGAAGAACCGCAGGAACAACAAGGAUAGCACCAAUCAAGUGAUGAAAGACUUGGAGGAUCUGCUGCCAAACAAGUCUCUGAUACCGCCUCCUACUGAAGAGGAGCCUCCCCCACCUGAUGUCGUAAGUGAGAAGCGCACCAAGUCUCCCAAAAUGAAGCCAGGCACAGCUGCCAAUGGGAAAGCAGUUAAUCUGCAAAAGGACGUAUCACUGGCUGCCCAAAACCCCAGAGGGGCGGUGACCCGUGCACCAGGGCCCAGAGGAGGGGCUCCUGGAAACGGCAGGGGUCCUGCUCCUGGACCGGGGAGAGGCAGGGGUCGGGGUGGGCCUCCACCACGGUAA